GUGAGUUUGAGAGGAGAGCCCGUGGCAUUGUUUUGAAAAUAUAUCGAAAGUAGAGGUGAGAACCGAGCAGUCAACGACUCAGUCACAACAGUGCUUCGCGGCCCGUGGUGAUCACAGCGGUAACACGUGAAACUCCAUUCAAAAAGAACAAAAGCGGGGAGGGUGUUCACACAAAAACCACAAGUUAUUUCGCUACAAGACUGACAGCUGCGUAACAGACAGACAAUAUGAAAAUACAUACCCUGCUUGAGCGAUCAGCAACGAAUAUUCUUGAAUCAUUUCGACUAAAAUCCCGGUCUCUGUCUAUUUGGGAUAUAAGCCCAGCUGUUUCUGCGCUUUCCACGUCUUCCGACAUUUUGAUUAUUGUGGGUCACGUGAUUCGUACGCUGUGUGUACUCGCAAGAGGCCCGCUAGGGGGCAGACAGCCCUCCGCUAGCCUAACUGACUGCUGGUGCUACUUUCACUUUCAUGAUUCCUCUUCAAGAUAGCGCUUUUUGAACGAGCGUUGUUUUGUUAGAUUCUCCUCGACCUCUCCGUCAUCGUAUUUCGUGAUAACCACCAUCAACGUCACAACCAUUGUUCCAUUCUUGGGGUGUCAAACAGCCCCUUUUGAUUUUUCUUCCAACUGUGAUACACUACGACGCGGCUUUAACCUUUCAUCACUGACCAAUAAAAAAAAAAUUCAUAAUGGAUCCUGAACCGGAGACUUUUGAUGAACUUGACGUAGAUCUAGAGCCUGUACAAGAGGGAACUGCACUAUUAGGGGAGUCAGCUUCUGAUGUCUUCAUGGCAAACGAUGAACCGCCAGCCUUGGGUCAACAGAACAUUGAUGCAGUUGACACCGGCGUCGAGAAAUCGAUGGUUUCAGAAAGCAGUUCUCGUGUCGUUGGCGAAGAGGGCGUGGCUGAAGAAACCAGCUACAACGAACACCUGCGAGGGAGUGAACAAAAUGCUGAGGAAAUGUCCCUGUAUUCGGAGGGUGCGGAAAAAAGGGGCGGUCUCGACGAAGAAGAGGCGGGGCAUCCAGAGGGGGAAAUAUAUGAAGAAGCGUCACCCCAACUUAGGGAAUACGAGGAGGAGGAACAAAAUUCUCCUCUAGAGGCUGAGAAGGUGUCAUCAGAGGGUAUCGGACAUGUAUCAACAGAAGAGGCGGGACUGUAUGGCCUUCCACACACGGAAGAAGACAAACAGAAAGAAGCACCACUUAGAAUAGAGGAACCAGGGUCAGCAGAGGCAAGAGAUGACACCGCAAUGGAUUAUUCUGAACAGGCAGCGGAGUUUGUCGCAGGAACUGGCAAAAAUCAGGAAAUACCUAGCAUUAUGGUUGACAGUGGAGAUGCAGAGGAGGCAGAAAACCGUGUUCUUGCCGUAGAAAAUCACUUACAAAUGGUUGCCGUGCCGUUCAACCCGCUUCCAGUUGAGGUGACAGUACAAGUACCAAACUCUCAAAAUGUGCACCCUCCUCCUUUGAAGGAAACGACAAAUCAGCAGCGUCCAAAACGUGCCGUGAUCCGACUGGCCGAGGUGAUGUACAAAGCCCACAGAGGGAGUGUCAGGCAAAAUGCAGAUCUGUCGGUGUUGGCUUAUGCCGGACCGGAUAGAGAGAGAGUGAAGGACGAAAGACAAAGGCUAAGCCAGUACCGAUCACGGCCUCGCGAUGCGAUCAACAUGAAUCCUUCGGUGGUGGUACCGAUGAAGAGCCGUCCUUGGAAACCGAUGACCUGCCUCAAGUAUCCGCCCACGAAAGAGGAAAAGUGGAGGAAACUGGAGGAGGAGGAUAAGGAGAGGAGGGAUCACGAGCUGGCAUUGGAACUAGGGUCAAGGAACGCUUAUGGAAAUAUCCCCGGACUAAACUGUUCCACUCCCAGGAGGACUAAUGAUGGCCAAGACCCGUCGCCACUUACAUCUCCUCUUAACAUAUUGACCCCCCCC